CCUGCGUCUCCGCUGUUCACUCUCUCAUUCAUUCAUAAAGCGGCGCAGCUCCCCUCCGCUCCCCCUCCCCCUCGAUGCCCGCCGUUAACAUCUUGGCGCCGCCAGACACUCCUCGAGCAAGCCGCCCACUCAGCCGCUCCCCGUCCUGCACCUCGCUCCACCCCUACGAGAUGUCUUGCCAACGUCCUGCUGAGCUCUACGACGCCGCUGGCCGUCGUAUCUCUUCCAUCGCUGACUAUGCCCUCAUCGGCAACCUUCGCACCGCGGCGUGCGUGAGCAUCGACGGCUCCAUCGAGAGCAUGUGCCUGCCGCACUUUGACUCGCCCAGUGUCUUUGCGCGCAUCGUCGACGCCAACAAAGGCGGGCACUUCUUCAUCACCCCCUGCUCCGAGUUCAGGCCAAAGCAGUAUUAUGCGCCCAACACGAACAUUCUCCACACAAAGUUCCUGUCCGAGGAGAGCGUGGGCCUCGUCACCGACUUCCUUGUGCCGAAGGGCGCGAACAAGAGCGGGGCGCAGGACCGCGCGCCGCUCCCCUGGCUCAUCCGCAAAGUCGAGAGCAUCCACGGCACGGUGAACUACCGUAUGGAGUGCGCGCCUGCGUUCAACUACGCGCGGGACGAGCACACAGUCGAGAUCGUCGAGGACGACUCGGCCGUCGGCGUGAGCGGGGAACACACCAAGGUCGUGUUCAAGUCGCGGGACCUCACCCUCGACCUGCGCCAUGUGUGCACGCACACGUCGGACGCCAAGAUGCCGCACCUCACGAUCAGGAAGGAGACGCUCGCGGACCGCGACAUGCUCGGCGAGGCCGCCGUCGCCGAGUUCACGCUUGGCGAGGGGCAGGUUGUGUAUUUCGUGCUCCGCGAGAUGCCGGCCGACGCGAACCGCGGGCGCGAGUGGAUCGCGUCCCAAACCGCCAUCGACGUCGAGAAGGCCAAGGCCCUCGGGAUUACCGCCACGCAAUUCAAGGAGGCCGCACACCUCCUCCGCCCGCGCGACAACCCCAUCAUGAGCGUCAAGCUCCUCGAGACCAUCUGCAGCGACACGAACGAUUAUUGGAACCGCUGGAUUUCCAAGUGCAAAUACAGAGGGCGGUGGCGGGAGGCCGUGCGCCGCUCGGCGCUAACUCUCAAGAUGCUCGUGUAUGAGGAGACGGGAGCGAUCGUCGCCGCGCCAACCUUCUCUCUCCCAGAGUACAUCGGAGGCGUGCGGAACUGGGACUACCGGUACACCUGGGUGCGCGAUACGAGUUUCACGAUCUACGCGUUCAUCCGGCUUGGCUUCACCGAGGAGGCGGAUGCGUUCGUCGGGUUCAUUCUCGAUCGCCUCAAGGAUCGCAACCACGACGGGUCUUUGCAAAUCAUGUACACCAUUCACGGUGACAAGGACAUCCCUGAGGUCGAGCUCAGCCAUCUCGAGGGACACCGCGGCAGCAAGCCUGUGCGCAUCGGCAACGGUGCUGUCGACCAUCUGCAGCUCGACAUCUACGGCGAGCUCAUGGACAGCAUUUACCUCGCCCAGAAGUUCUGCCGGCCUCUAUCGUGGGACUCGUGGGUCGCCGUUCGCCAGGUGGUUGAGUAUGUCAUCACCAUGGUAGAUAAGAAGGACCUCUCCAUUUGGUACGGCACUCGACACCGGCCGGGACUGACAUGCAGGGAACCGCGCGGGGAGGUUAAGAACUUCACCUACUCGAAGGUGAUGAUGUGGGUUGCACUGGACCGCGGCCUACGCCUCGCCGACAAGCGGAGCCUGCCCUGCCCCAAUCGCGCGAAAUGGUUGGAGACUCGCGACUGGUUGUAUGAGGAGAUCCAGAACAAGUCGUACAACAAGGAGCUGGGUAUCUACGGCCAGUCGUACGAGGAGAACGAUAUCCUCGAUUCUGCAGUCUUGGUGAUGCCCCUCGUGUUCUUCACGAGUGCUGCGGACCCUCGCUUCACAUCAACUCUCGACCAGAUCCUCAAGACGCCAGAGAAGGGCGGGCUGUGCGUCAACGCCAGCAUCUUCCGGUACGACACGAACAAGACGGACGACGGCGUGGGCGGCGCCGAGGGCGCCUUCUCGCUCUGCACAUUGUGGUGCAUCGAGGCGCUGACGCGCGCGGGCGAGUACGACCCCAAGUACCUCUCGGCGGCCGUGAACAUGUUCAUCGAGUUCCUGGGGUACGGGAACCACGUCGACCUGUACUCUGAAGAGAUUAGUCCGGGCGGCGAGGGCCUUGGCAACACGCCGCAGGCGUUUACGCAUGUGACGCUGAUCUCGGCGGCGUUCAACCUCGAUCGCACGCUGGGGUAAGCGGAGGUAGUCAGAAGGAAAGAAGAGAAGUAAGAUGGCCAUUAGGACAAAUGUACAUUUAUGUGGCUGG